AAUUUGAGGACAACAAACAUGUCUGGUUGGUCACCUGAAAACGCCAAGAGAGCAUAUCUUCAAGCACUAAAUAUGGCCAAAAGAGGUAAAGAACCUGAUGUAGCUGAGUUUAUAUCUGCUCUAGCAGCAGGCAAUAAUGCACAACUCAUGGUGGUCGCCGGCGCCAGCGUGGCCGGUUCAGCCGCGCUAGCUCUGGCUGCAGCUGCUCACCAAACUGGUGGCCGUGUGGUUUGCAUUUCAUUUGGACAAAUUGAAUCACAAGCAUCACGAAAAGCACUAGGAGUUUAUGGAGAUUGUGUUGAGUUUGUUGUAGGAGAUGUGAAAAGCCUUGUACUUGGUGAUUACAAAGGAGCUGAUUUUGUGCUUGUAGAUUGUGACAUGACCAAUGCAAGGGAAAUUUUCUUAGCAGCAUUUAAAGGGGCAAAAGAUGGGGCACUUGUGGUUGGAUAUAAUGUCAAGCAUAGGGUCUCACGGUGGAGACAAUUGAGGGCAUCGUUUUUACCCAUUGGAGAAGGGUUGUUGGUGACUAAAAUUGACCCAAAUUUGAAGGCAUUAAAUGACAGGGUUGUCCAUAGAAGGAAGAAUCGUUGGAUUGUUCAUGUAGAUAACCACACCGGAGAGGAACAUAUUUUUAGGGUCACAUCUCCUUAUAAGAAACUGCAGAUGGGAAUUUAAGGCAACAAAUUGAUAGG